AUGGGCAAGGCGGCAAGAGGGAAGCGGAAUGCUUCGGGCUCCAAUUCUCCAUAUCAGAAGCCAGGAGGCGCUCCGCUGUCCAAAGCGGCAUCUGCAAUUUUCAAGUUCAACACAGACAUCGGCCAACACAUUUUGAAAAAUCCCACAAUCGCCGAUGCCAUCGUCGACAAGGCCAAUAUUCAACCGAGUCAGACCGUGCUCGAAGUCGGUCCCGGUCCGGGUAUCCUGACAACACGUAUUUUGCAAAAGGCGAAGAAAGUGGUCGCAGUCGAAUUGGACCCUCGCAUGGCAGCAGAACUCACAAAGACGGUUCAGGCUACACCUGCGGAGAAGAAACUACAGAUUGUUCUGGGUGACUUUGUGAAGACCGAUUUAUCCAAGCUUCCUCCCUUCCAAAUCUGCAUCAGUAACACUCCCUACCAGAUCUCGUCCCCGCUUAUCUUCAAGCUUCUUUCUAUGCCCAAUCCUCCGAAGACAUGCGUUCUCAUGGUUCAGCGUGAAUUUGCGCUUCGAUUGAUCGCUCGUCCCGGUGACUCGUUGUAUUCACGACUUUCGGUCAACGCACAGUUCUUCUCCCGCAUCUCGCAUAUCAUGAAAGUCGGCAAGAAUAACUUCCGGCCUCCGCCACAGGUUGAGUCCAGUGUGGUUCGGGUCGAGCCCAAGGCUGAUCGACCGGACAUCAGCUGGGAUGAAUGGGACGGCAUGCUCCGCAUCUGCUUCGUGCGCAAGAACAAGACCCUACGCGCCGGUUUCAUGGGAACCAAGGUUCGUGCGCUGAUUGAGCGUAAUUGGAUCACGUGGGUUUCGAUGCAUCCUGAGAAGGUCACACAUUCAGACAUCGAUUUCCUGCAGGGCAAGGACGUGCCUGUGGCGCAGGGCGGAGACGAUGACAUGGACAUGGGUGACGGAGAGGACGCGCCAGAGGCUGGUGACGAUGAGGAUGAUAUCUUCAUGGAUCUGGGUGACGAGAAUGACACCCCUGUCACUGCCACCAAGGGAUCCCUUGUGGCGAUCGGGGAUCAGCAGGUGCCCCGUGCUAUGGUGACCAAGUUGAUCCAGGUGAAGAUCCAGCGGGUUUUGGAGCAAGCUGGCUUGAGCAAUGCUCGUGCCAACAAGUGUGAUGAGAACAACUUUCUUCAGCUUCUCCACGGUUUCAAUACGGAAGGUAUCCACUUCUCAUGA